AGUUUCGAAUAUCUUCAGUCAUCGGUUUCGAAGCUGUGCUGUCGAAAUUGCACAAUUGCACCAAACGAGUCUUUGCAUUAGAAAUCUUCAAUCCAACUAUAUUUUUACUUGAAAUAUAUUGACUUAGAAUAACCCUAAUACCCCAAUGACUUUUGUAUCAAUAAUUGCCAAGCUGACGACAGACGUGGAUUCAGCGUCUUUUCCCAAAAAUUUACGCCUCGUUCGCUUCGAAACCCCGGUGGCUGGGUUAAGAGGUUGAAAAACAAUUCCUUUAACGAAUAAUCCAAAAUGCCAUCAAUUGCAAGACAACGCCGUGUCAACAGAAGUAAAGUACUGGCCAAGAGAGGCCAAAAGUUUGGAGGAAACUCUAAAAUCAGAUCUUUCAAUCCAUUAUGUGGAAAACUCAAGACCAACAACAGGUUAUUAGCAAAGGCUUUAUCCAUUCAGAAACAGGAAAAUCAAUUACUCUUCUCUGAAAAAGUUGAUCUCACCAGUCAGCUGCAGACACUGAGAUUGGCGUGCAACAAGCGUGAUAUGAUGCUUACAGAUAUACAAAACAAUGCCAAGGAAAUGUUGUCUAUGUUAGUAACAAUGACAAACUAUGUGACACAGACUAUAAUGUGUUGCCAACAAUAUUCACGCAAAAAUGACACUAGUUUGCAAACUAACACUGCUCUUUCCACAAGACGAGAAUCAACUCGUAGACUUUCCACAAAAUCUCCAGCACGAGGAGUGGUCAAGCCUAUGGUCAGCGGUCACACAAUUACUAAACCUACAAUUAAUUUACGCAGAGUUAAUAUGUCACGGCUGAACAAUUUGCUAGAUCUUAGUGUUAUCCAAGAAGCAUCUUCAGAGCAUCAUGAUCAUUCCACAAUCAAUACAAGCGGGACUAGACAUACUGCAGCCAUCACAAAUUCCAGCAGGCUUGGAUAUGAAAGUGAGCGUAGACGAAGACAACCUGAGAGAAUACCGGUAGAAUUCGUAGGAGUUGACGAUGACGAGGCAGGUACACUCGACAGACCGGAGACGAGGCUGUCCGGACGACAUUCUGGGGAGCUUCCCAAUGGCCGUACAAGAAAACAUGGAAAGACGCUUAUUAGUCAAAUACAAAGUCCCAGUGUUGCAUUAUGCGAUGUUUCUAAGCUGCUAAGAAAUUCGCAAACUAUUAAUGUUAGAACGUUGCGAAACUCUCAGGGAAACGGAGACUUGCAUCGACUAUCAAACACUGAAGAAAAUGAAUCGCAAAAUAUUGAUGCGGGCUCAUCCAAUCGUAAUAUCACUAUGCAACAGACCAAAGGGUCACGAAAAAGCUUCGAUAACACACUACAGACCCCUUCAAAUAUCCGAAAAUCACAGACUGAAAAUAGCUCAGAAACGAUUCAAGAUACACUUAUCGAACCAGAAGUGGAAGACCCUCUGGAAGGACCUAGUUGGUUACUAAAUCGUUCUACCACUGAUCCGUCAAUUGCCGAUACAGAUUUAGAAAAUACUGCGCAAAUUUUCAGCAGAAAACACGUUGUGAGAAAAAUAGACUCAUCAGACUCAGAAAAAGGAGUAGGAAACGAUUCUGAAGAUGAUAUGGAAUUUACAGAAUGCAUUAAUACUCGCCAAAGACUCGCGCAUGUUCCAACAACUAAAUUGAUCUCUAAUCUGAAUCACAUUACUACGAGUAUUGCAAAUCGUCACAUUCAGAAUGAAAGUAUUGAAAAUGUUGCUUUAAAUCCAGUCAGGGUAGUUGAAUCAUCGAACAGCUAUGAACAUAGAGGUGAACCGUCUUGUAAUCUAACUACGAAUCAAUCAGAUGAAUUAGUUACAAUGAAUCGGUCAGACGAAUUUGUAACAGAUCGGCGCCAGCAUUAUAUCGAAAAUGAAGAUGAUGACGAAGAUACGAUCAUGUUGCAGUUUGCCAAAAGACCUCAACUUUCUAGGUUUAAUAUCAAUGAUCUUCGGUUACCAGUUUUAAAUAGUCCUGUUGUACCCCCGAUGGAAUCUAACGAUUCAGAACCAGAAGUUACAACUACAAUUCAACGAAUAGUACAACCCAAUGGCCCACCAAACUUGUAUGACGAAAAUGUCGAAAACAGAUUUUCGAAUCAUGUCAGUCUCCAACUACCGAGAAUUGAUGAGAUCUCCAAUAUUCAUAAACCAAAACGUCCAACCAAAAAAAAGAAACUCGCCAAAAAUGUAACUUUUGACGAAAAUGAAUCCAGUGAUUCAGACUCUGAGUUGGUACUUAAAAGAAAAUUGACCAAACCAACAAAGCUCAAAACUGUCAAAGAUCCAAGCACUGCCAAAGUUCUACUGGAAAAGCUCACCGACAGCGACAUGAAAGCAAAGUCAACAACUCCUGAUGAGUGUGUUAUAGACAAAACCACUGACUUCGACACAACAAAUCAGAGGAUGCUCGACAGUAGGAACUCUGAUGCAGUUACUGAUAGCAAUAGCAGUACACACAGUACAAGUGAAGCGAGCAGGUCCAGACGACCCAAAGCACCAGUAAAUUUAAAAGAACCAAGUUUACGAAAAAAGCUCAGAAGAAACACCUGAACGAUUUAGUAAACCGUAAGAAGUUCUAAUUGAGACAACAUUUUAAAACGUCAUUAUUAACCUUAUACCUACUUUUUUUUACUAUAAAUUAUGUUAGUAUAAGAAGCUCCAAUUGAAGGUCAUUUACAUUCAUGUAUUAUCAACAUGAUUUGUUAUAGAUAUUGAACAUUUAUCAUCAUAUUUGUAUAGCCCUCAAACGUGGCUGAAGUUACACAAUCAUAUUUUGUGUUUGUUUAUACGUGGAGGAGUUGAAUCAGUAAUUUGUGUUCACACAAAGUACAAAAAGAAUUUGCUUUAGACUCAAGUAUUUUUUAAGCUUCAUUGUUUAAUACCAUUCAAGUUUGAAAUUUAUGAAGUAAAUACAAUACUCAACGACAAAAUUUUGUUGAACGAAAUACUGAAUUUUUUUUUCCUGUAUACAAUACAGUUUGGAGAGUAAAAACCUUCAAUUAUUUCAGAUCGAUUGUUGUUCAUGAAUAUGCCAGUAUAAUUAAGUCAAACUCCUUGUCAUAUUCCUAACUGUGAACAGAAGUAGUUCUUGCUUUUAGACCAUUUCUUCUCAUCCUGUUAUAUGUUCUUUCGGCACAAAGUGUCACAAUCGAUAGUAUAAUACCUACAAUAAACAGAAGUUGUAAAAUGAUUGUAUCUUGAAGUUCUCUGCUUUUAAAAGUCCGCGAAUCAUCCGAGAAAUGUUGUCUAAGCCCUAGCACGUCGCUAUUAAUUUUGCUUAUCAACCCAGCUUCCUUUAAUUUGCA